AAUGUCUGAGAAAAUGUCCAGCUUUCUGUACAUCGGGGACAUCGUGUCCCUGUACGCGGAGGGCUCCGUCAAUGGGUUCAUCAGCACGCUGGGGCUGGUGGAUGACCGGUGUGUGGUCCAGCCAGAGGCCGGUGACCUUGCCAAUCCUCCAAAGAAGUUCCGAGACUGCCUUUUCAAGGUGUGUCCUAUGAACAGAUAUUCAGCCCAGAAGCAGUACUGGAAAGCCAAGCAAGCCAAACAAGGAAACCAUACUGAAGCAGCACUGCUGAAGAAACUUCAACAUGCAGCAGAACUGGAACAAAAGCAGAAUGAAAGCGAGAACAGAAAGCUGUUGGGUGAAAUUGUAAAAUACAGCAACGUCAUCCAGCUACUGCACAUAAAAAGCAACAAAUACCUCACAGUCAACAAGAGAUUGCCAGCUCUGCUAGAGAAGAAUGCUAUGCGGGUGUCCCUGGAUGCUGCAGGGAAUGAGGGCUCCUGGUUUUAUAUCCAGCCCUUCUGGAAACUGAGGAGUGAAGGUGACAAUGUAGUGGUGGGAGAUAAAGUUGUUCUCAUGCCAGUCAAUGCAGGACAGCCUCUGCAUGCCAGCAACAUUGAGCUUCUAGACAACCCUGGCUGCAAAGAGGUAAAUGCUGUCAACUGUAACACAAGCUGGAAAAUAACUUUGUUCAUGAAAUUCAGUAGUUACCGAGAUGACGUACUGAAAGGAGGAGAUGUUGUGAGGCUGUUUCAUGCAGAGCAAGAGAAGUUUCUGACCUGUGAUGAAUAUGAGAAGAAACAACACAUUUUCCUGCGCACCACGUUACGUCAGUCAGCCACGUCUGCAACAAGUUCUAAAGCACUGUGGGAAAUAGAGGUUGUCCACCAUGACCCUUGCCGGGGAGGGGCAGGACAGUGGAAUAGCUUGUUUAGAUUCAAGCAUUUGGCAACUGGAAACUACUUGGCUGCAGAGCUUAACCCACACUACCCAGAAGGUAAUAAUGAAGGAAAAGCUUUGCAGAGAGAAGGCGACCUUCCUGCUUCAAAGAAGAAACGCCAGGCAGGGGAGAAGAUUAUGUAUACUUUGGUCUCUGUGCCACAUGGAAAUGACAUCGCAUCUCUCUUUGAACUGGAUGCCACCACCCUUCAGAGAGCUGAUUGCCUGGUUCCAAGGAACUCCUAUGUCCGACUGAGGCACUUGUGCACCAACACUUGGGUCACCAGCACCAGCAUCCCCAUAGACACUGAGGAAGAGAGGCCUGUGAUGUUAAAGAUUGGGACAUGCCAAACCAAAGAGGACAAGGAAGCUUUUGCCAUCGUAUCGGUUCCUCUGUCUGAGGUCAGAGACUUGGACUUUGCCAAUGAUGCCAACAAGGUUUUAGCAUCAACUGUUAAAAAGCUGGAGAAUGGAACAAUAACCCAGAAUGAAAGGAGGUUUGUAACCAAGCUACUGGAAGAUCUCAUUUUCUUUGUUGCUGAUGUGCCCAAUAACGGGCAAGAAGUUUUGGAUGUGAUCAUUACCAAGCCAAACCGGGAACGACAGAAAUUAAUGAGGGAGCAAAAUAUAUUGGCUCAGAUAUUUGGCAUCCUCAAAGCUCCUUUUAAGGACAAAGGUGAAGGAUCAAUGCUGAGACUUGAAGACCUGGGCGACCAGAGAUAUGCUCCCUACAAAUACAUGUUAAGAUUAUGUUACAGAGUUCUAAGACACUCCCAACAGGACUAUAGGAAGAACCAGGAGUAUAUUGCUAAGAACUUCUGUGUCAUGCAGUCCCAGAUUGGUUAUGAUAUUCUGGCAGAAGACACCAUCACAGCUUUGUUGCACAACAACAGAAAACUGCUAGAGAAACACAUCACGGCUAAAGAAAUAGAGACGUUUGUGAAUUUACUCAGGAGAAAUCGAGAGCCAAGAUUCUUGGAUUAUCUGUCAGACCUGUGUGUAUCUAACACCACAGCAAUACCAGUAACUCAGGAACUCAUCUGCAAGUUUAUGCUGAGCCCAGGGAAUGCUGAUAUUCUCAUCCAGACCAAGCUGGUUUCAACCCAAAUGGACAAUCCCCUGGAAUGCCCAGUCAUCUCAGAUGACAUUGAUGAAGAGGAAGUGUGGCUUUACUGGAUCGACAGCAACAAGGAGCCUCACGGCAAAGCCAUCAGGCAUCUGGCUCAGGAGGCAAAGGAGGGCACAAAAGCUGAUUUAGAAGUUCUUACCUACUACAGGUACCAACUGAACCUCUUUGCAAGAAUGUGCCUGGACCGCCAGUAUCUUGCCAUCAACCAGAUUUCUGCUCAGCUGUCAGUAGACUUGAUCCUCAGGUGUAUGUCUGAUGAGAGCCUCCCCUAUGACCUGCGGGCUUCCUUUUGCCGCCUGAUGCUGCACAUGCAUGUGGACAGAGAUCCCCAGGAGUCUGUGGUGCCUGUCAAGUACGCCAGAUUGUGGACUGAAAUUCCUACCAAGAUCACCAUUCAUGACUGGGGAAGAUGGAAUGGCCUUUCCUCAGACCAGCUGCACUCCAGGUAUGAUUCCUUCACUGACUCUUCAAGGAAUGAAAUGAAGACAAAGUUUGCACUAACAAUGGAAUUUGUAGAAGAGUACUUGAAAGAAGUUGUGAAUCAGCCCUUUCCCUUUGGAGACAAAGAGAAAAACAAACUUACAUUUGAGGUGGUACAUCUGGCUCGAAACCUCAUAUACUUUGGCUUUUAUAGUUUUAGUGAGCUUCUCAGGCUGACCCGGACGCUGCUGGCAAUUCUGGAUAUUGUUCAAGUUCCCAUCUCAUCAUACUUCGAAAGGCUGAGCAAGUUUCAGGAUGGAGGGAACAACGUCAUGAGGACCAUCCAUGGAGUAGGAGAGAUGAUGACCCAAAUGGUGCUGAGCAGAGGGUCUGUGUUUCCCAUCAGUACCCCUGACAUACAGCCAAGCAUUCACCCAAGCAAGCAAGCCAGCACUGCAGACAGUGAAGAUGUGAUUGUAAUGGACACCAAAUUGAAAAUCAUUGAGAUUUUGCAGUUUAUUCUCAGUGUUAGACUGGACUACAGAAUAUCCUACAUGCUGUCUAUCUAUAAGAGGGAGUUUGGGGAAAACACUGAAAAUGUUGACUGCUCUACAUCAUCCCCACCUGACACACCAGGGACUGCUUCAGCAAUUGUUCCUGACAUAGAUGAAAUUGCAGCUCAGGCUGAAACCAUGUUUGCUGGCAGAAAGGAGAAGAAUGCAGUUCAGCUUGAUGAUGAAGGGGGCAGAACUUUUUUACGGGUCCUCAUUCACCUGAUCAUGCACGACUACCCCCCAUUGCUCUCAGGGGCUCUGCACCUGCUCUUCAAGCACUUCAGCCAGAGAGCAGAAGUUCUGCAAGCAUUCAAACAGGUUCAGUUGCUGGUGUCCAAUCAAGAUGUGGAUAACUACAAGCAAAUCAAGGCUGAUCUUGACCAGCUACGUCUGACUGUAGAAAAAUCUGAAUUGUGGGUUGAGAAGAGCAGCAAUUAUGAGAGUGGAGAGGUGGGCGACAGUCAAACCAAGGGGGGAGAAGAGCCAAUGGAGGAAUCAAACAUUUUGAGCCCAAUACAGGAUGGGACCAAAAAACCCCAGAUAGACAGCAUUAAAAGCAAUAACUACAAUAUUGUUAAAGAGAUUUUGAUUCGACUCAGCAAACUUUGUGUUCAGAAUAAAAAAUGUCGGAAUCAACAGCAGCGUUUACUGAAAAAUAUGGGCGCCCACUUAGUAGUCUUGGACCUUCUGCAGAUCCCCUAUGAAAAGAGUGAUGAAAAGAUGAAUGAAGUUAUGAAUCUAGCCCACACUUUUCUUCAGAAUUUCUGCCGAGGAAAUCCUCAGAAUCAAGUUCUCCUCCACAAAAAUCUCAACUUGUUCUUAACUCCAGGGCUCCUGGAAGCUGAGACCAUGAGGCACAUCUUCAUGAAUAAUUACCUCCUGUGCAACGAGAUCAGCGAGAGAGUGGUGCAGCACUUUGUGCACUGCAUCGAGACCCACGGCCGGCACGUGGAGUACCUGCGAUUCCUGCAGACCAUCGUGAAAGCAGAUGGCAAAUACGUGAAAAAGUGCCAGGACAUGGUAAUGACAGAGCUGAUAAAUGGUGGUGAAGAUGUGCUGAUAUUCUACAAUGACAGAGCAUCCUUCCCAGUGCUGCUGCAGAUGAUGUGUUCGGAGCGAGACCGAGCCGACGAGAGCGGCCCCUUGGCCUAUCACAUCACUCUGGUGGAGCUGCUGGCCGCCUGCACCGAGGGCAAGAAUGUGUACACAGAGAUCAAGUGCAAUUCACUGCUGCCCCUGGAUGAUAUUGUCAGGGUAGUGACCCAUGAUGACUGCAUUCCUGAGGUGAAAAUUGCCUAUGUUAAUUUUGUUAACCACUGUUAUGUGGACACUGAAGUGGAAAUGAAAGAAAUCUAUGCCAGUAACCAUAUCUGGAAACUUUUUGAGAACUUCCUUGUUGAUAUGGCAAGGGUUUGUAACACAACCACGGAUCGUAAACACGCAGACACAUCUCUGGAGAAAUAUGUCACUGAGCCUGUCAUGAGCAUUGUGAGUGGCUUCUUCAAUUCACCAUUUUCAGAUAACAGCACCAGCCUCCAGACACACCAGCCUGUUUUUAUUCAGCUGCUGCAGUCUGCUUUCAGAAUUUACAACUGUACCUGGCCAAACCCAACACAGAAAGCCUCAGUAGAGUCCUGUAUCAAGACUUUGGCUGAAGUGGCAAAGAACCGUGGGAUUGCAAUUCCAGUGGAUUUGGACAGCCAGGUGAACACCUUGUUCAUGAAGAGUCACUCCAACAUGGUGCAGAGGGCAGCCAUGGGCUGGAGGAUGUCAGCCCGCACUGGACCUCGCUUCAAAGAAGCUCUUGGUGGGCCAGCCUGGGAUUACAGGAACAUCAUAGAGAAACUGCAGGAUGUGGUGUCCUCCUUGGAGCAGCAGUUCACACCCAUGAUGCAAGCUGAGUUCUCAGUGCUGGUUGAUGUGCUGCACAGCCCAGAGCUCCUGUUCCCCGAGGGCAGCGAUGCCAGAAUAAGAUGUGGCGCUUUCAUGUCCAAGUUGAUUAAUCACACAAAGAAGCUAAUGGAGAAAGAAGAAAAGCUCUGCAUUAAAAUCCUCCAAACUUUACGAGAAAUGCUUGACAAGAAAACCAACUUUGCAGAAGAGGGCAACACUUUAAGGAAAAUCCUCCUGUAUCGGUACUUUAAAGGGGAAUAUGGAAGUGGUAUGAAUGGGCCCCUGUCUGCCAGCUACAGCAAAACUGCACAAGUGGGAGGUGGAUUUUCAGGACAAGAUGCAGAUAAGUCUGGGGUGACUAUGUUUGAUAUCCAGUGCCUCCUGGACAAAGAAGGUGCCUCAGAACUGGUCAUAGAUGUGAUAGUGAACACCAGAAAUGACAGGAUUUUCUCCGAGGGCAUUCUGCUGGGUAUUGCACUGCUUGAAGGUGGAAAUACGCAAACACAGUAUUCGACUUACCAGCAACUAAAGGAGCAGAAGAAGUCAGAAAGGUUCUUCAAAGUGCUGUAUGAUCGCAUGAAAGCUGCUCAGCAGGAGAUCAGAUCCACAGUGACAGUGAACACUAUUGAUUUGGGGAGCAAAAAGAAGGAGGAUGACAGUGACCUCACCAUAUCUGUUCCCAAAAAGAGAGUUAAGGAUUCAACUCUGCAUCUGAAGGAGGGAAUGAAAGGACAGUUAACAGAAGCAUCCUCUGCAACCUCCAAGGCUUACUCUGUGUACAGAAGAGAAAUGGACCCAGAAAUAGAUCUGAUGGGCUCAGGAGCAGAUGCUGCAAAUGCAGAAGAGAAGUCUGCAGAAGAAGCAAUCAUGAGCCCUGCCAUUGCAAUCAUGCAGCCAAUACUGAGAUUUCUUCAGCUGCUGUGUGAGAACCACAACCGAGAGCUCCAGAAUUUCUUAAGACAUCAAAACAAUAAAACAAAUUACAACCUCGUUUGUGAGACCCUUCAGUUUUUGGACUGCAUCUGUGGGAGCACCACAGGUGGGCUGGGCUUGCUGGGGCUUUACAUCAAUGAGAGGAACGUGGCUCUUGUCAACCAGACUCUGGAAAGCUUGACAGAAUACUGCCAGGGCCCAUGCCAUGAAAACCAGACAUGCAUAGCCACCCAUGAGUCUAAUGGGAUUGAUAUUAUAAUUGCUCUCAUCCUGAAUGACAUAAACCCCCUUGGCAAAUACUGCAUGGACUUGGUGCUUCAGCUCAAGAACAAUGCCUCCAAGCUUUUGCUGGCUAUUAUGGAAAGCAGGCAAGACAGUGAGAAUGCGGAAAGAAUCCUUUUCAACAUGAGACCAAGAGAACUGGUGGAUGUGAUGAAGAAUGCCUACAACCAAGGUCUGGAAUGUGACCACGAGGAGGAGAAUGGAGAUGAUGGCAUCUCCCCAAAAGAUGUUGGCCAUAAUAUCUAUAUUUUGGCACAUCAGUUGGCUUGUCACAAUAAAACAUUGCAACAGAUGCUGAAGCCAGGGUCAGAUCCAGAUGAAGGAGAUGAAGCCUUGAGGUUUUAUGCCAAACAUACGGCACAGAUAGAGAUUGUUCGCCAUGAUAGAACAAUGGAAAAGAUUGUCUUUCCUGUCCCCAAUAUUUGUGAAUUCCUCACUCGGGAAUCCAAAAGUCGGGUGUUCAAUACAACAGAGAGAGAUGAACAAGGGAGCAAAGUCAAUGACUUUUUCCAGCAGACUGAGGAUCUGUACAACGAGAUGAAAUGGCAAAAGAAAAUUAGAAAUAAUCCAGCCCUCUUUUGGUUCUCCAGACACAUCUCUCUCUGGGGAAGCAUUUCCUUCAACCUUGCUGUAUUCAUCAAUUUAGCAGUUGCUCUGUUCUACCCUUUUGGAGACGAUGGAGAUGAAGGCACGCUCUCACCGUUGUUUUCCGUGCUCCUCUGGAUAGCAGUGGCGUUUUGCACAGCAAUGCUGUUUUUCAUCUCCAAGCCUGUAGGCAUUCGACCCUUUUUGGUGUCUGUUAUUCUCAGGUCUAUAUAUACUAUAGGGCUCGGUCCUACCUUGAUACUCCUUGGUGCUGCUAAUCUCUGUAACAAAAUCGUGUUCCUGGUGAGCUUUGUUGGGAACCGUGGGACCUUCACCCGUGGCUACAGAGCGGUCAUCAUGGACAUGGCUUUUCUCUACCACGUGGCUUAUGUCCUGGUCUGCAUGCUGGGCCUCUGUGUGCACGAGUUCUUCUACAGCUUCCUGCUGUUUGAUCUGGUGUACAGGGAGGAGACAUUGCUAAAUGUGAUAAAAAGUGUUACCCGGAAUGGCCGUUCAAUUAUCCUCACUGCAGUGCUUGCUCUCAUCCUGGUUUAUCUCUUCUCCAUCAUUGGCUUCCUCUUCCUGAAAGAUGACUUUAUCAUGGAGGUUGACAGGUUGAAAAUCAGGACCCCUGCUGCAGGUAUUGGUGAAGUUCCCACUACAACCCUGACAUCAAUGAUGGGAGCCUGUGCAAAGGAGAACUGUUCCACGAGCAUCCCAGCUCUUAACCCAGGUGAAGAAGAGGAGGAUGGAAUAGAAAGGACCUGUGAUACCCUGCUCAUGUGCAUUGUGACUGUGUUGAACCAAGGCCUGCGCAAUGGUGGUGGUGUGGGAGACGUGCUCAGAAAGCCUUCCAAAGAUGAGCCCUUGUUUGCUGCACGAGUUGUUUAUGAUCUUCUGUUUUACUUCAUUGUCAUAAUUAUUGUUCUCAACCUGAUCUUUGGAGUCAUCAUUGAUACAUUUGCUGAUCUCAGGAGUGAAAAGCAGAAAAAGGAGGAGAUACUAAAGACCACCUGUUUUAUCUGUGGACUGGAGAGAGACAAAUUUGAUAACAAGACUGUUUCGUUUGAGGAGCAUAUAAAGGCAGAACACAACAUGUGGCAUUAUUUGUACUUUAUAGUUCUUGUCAAAGUUAAAGAUCCAACUGAAUACACUGGCCCAGAGAGCUACGUGGCACAAAUGAUUGUGGAGAAGAAUUUGGACUGGUUCCCUCGGAUGAGAGCCAUGUCUCUGGUUAGCAAUGAAGGUGACAGUGAGCAAAAUGAAAUCAGGAACCUGCAGGAGAGGCUGGAGUCAACCAUGAGCCUUGUGAAACAGCUUUCCAGUCAGCUGGCUGAGCUCAAGGAACAGAUGACAGAACAAAGGAAGAAUAAGCAGAGGCUGGGCUUUCUUGGAUCAAACACACCCCAUGUGAAUCAUCACAUGCCACCACCCUGAUACCACGGGGAGAAGCCGUGACUAGCCUUUCAUCAGUAUUCCUGCUUUAUUAUAGAAUAAAAAACUGAGAUUGAGAGGAGUGAACAGUGCCUAUUGUUACAAAGUUAAAAACAACCAAGUGCCAAGAUGUUAAGUGGUUUAGCUCUGGGAACAAUUUGUAGCUGUUUUUCAUGGUUGAGAGGGACCACAACCUAGAAUGUGAGCGAUACAAGGCAGCUCGUUUGUAUUCCCUGCGCUCGGCUCGGGCUCCAGGGCUGCCUGGGACACAGGCUGGGACAGAGGCUGGGACAGAGGCUGGGACAGCACUUGCCACAUCCUGGGAGCCCCUUUCUCCCCGGAGCACCGGGAGGAGCGAGCUGAGCAGAAGAAGGAGAGGUGUUUAUUGAGGCAAGCACGACAGCCUGGCUCAGAAUCAAUAGGUCGUCUCCGGCUCACUUGCCAAAUAGCAACAUUAGUCAUAUUUGCUUGGCAUUUACUAUUUUCUAAUUACCAAAAAUAUGUCAGUCCGUAAGCGGUGAUGUUGCUUCAAGUAACUUCUACUAGGAGGGAAAGGGGAGAAACCUCAAAAGACUGGAGGAAGGAAAAAAAAAAAAGGAAAAAAUAGAAAAAGUUGCAAAGAGAUACAUUAACGCUUUUGAAUUUUAGCUGUCACCAUGCAAUUUCUUAUUUAUAACAUGGAGCACAAUGGAUCUACAGCUGUGGGAAUGUUAUGCACAUAAUACUGACAACAUAACUGGAAGUGAUUUCUUUCUCCUGGCUUCAGAUGUUCUCGAUUAAUGUGGCCGUGAGGUUUCACAUACUGAGGAGUUAAACUGUGUUUUAAAUUCAAGUUCCAAUGGAGGAUUCAGGGAAAAAAAUUAUACCUGUAGUUUGAAGUGUGUAUGGGAUUUUAUUUUUUAAAAAAAGCUUAGAAAUGUCUUUCUGUACAGAAAUGUAAUGGUGUCAUUACCUUCCAUAAACUCACCUUCAGCAAGAGUUGAUUUGAGUAAAUAAACACCAAAUUCUGCCAGCUUUCCUCUGAGCUACAGAUCAUGGGUUGAUGGUUUUUGCCUGCCCUUCCCAUUUUUAGGGGUUUGCAGGGAAGCCUGGUGGGGAAGAGGGGGGCAACAUCAGAGAAGCUCCUCCCAGCUCUCAGCCCUACAAAAGGCAGCAGCUAAGUCACCCGUGCAGGUUUAUGCUCUAUCCUGUAUUUCUUUGGAUGGCUUGAAAGCAAAGUUACAGGGUUUCCAGAGAGCCCUAGAGGACUCUUUUGUCUUUUAGGAAAAAAAUUGAGAGGCACAAAUGGGAGUUGUGUCCUCAGUUUGCUUUCAUUUUCAGUGGGUUUUGGUUACCAGAUUGUCUCACAUUUGAAAAUGCACCUCUGGAGUCACUUUUUAAACCAAAAUAUUUUUGCAAUGAUUUGCCCCUGUAAAAUUUUCAUUUUGUUAUAAAAGCCAUUUUGAUCAAAGGAAAAAAUAUUAUUGGUGUAAAUAUUUUCCAGUUUCUUCCUGGAGAAAUGGUGUUGUCCUGGUUAAGGCACUAUUCAAACCAACAGGUCUAGAGUAAAGGGAAGGAAGGGGUAUUUCACUCUCUUUAUCCCAAAUUCAGACCAGUUUUUUAAGCUACUUUUUUUUUACAUUUUUUGUGGCAGUGAUGUGGCUGAGAUAAAAGGAAUAUAUUGUAGCAACAUACUUAUAUCUUCUACCACUAAAACAUCUCCCAUUGGCUUCAAUUGUGUCCUUCAAAAAUAGUGUAGAAAUCAGAGGUUUGUGUAUUUUACUGGAAUAAAAUCUCUUUCUGUUGGCAUUAGUUCCAGAGAGCACCCUGGUUGCGAGAGGUGAUGGCCAAAGGAGCUGCCCACAAACACAAAGUCAGCAGUAAGUUGGUAGGGACUCAGACCCUGUAGCUGUAUUAAUUCAAAUUAGUUCAUACAGUUAAUCAGAUCUACUCACAGCUUCUGUUGCAACAGCAAUUUCUUUUUCUCACAAGCGUGGUUCUAAAACACAAAGCACAGUUCAAUUUUAAGUUAAACUCUCAUUAUUUAUUGGGGGGUGUGUGGUUGGCUAAUACUGGAAUGGGUUGGCACUUUUCUUGUUUACACUCAGAAAAAGCAGCUGCACGUCAGGGGAGGCUUCUGCUGCUGGAGCUGGAAGAAGUUGAGGCUGGAUGGGUUUGUGCCCGAGCUCAGGGCUGCAGGUGGGUGCUGCUGGUGCUCCCUCUGGUUCACACCCAGCCCACAUCCCCUGGGGCUCAGGAGCCCAGCUCCUGCUCUUCAGAAGGGAGAGUUACAGCAUCAAAAUCAGAGAACAGAUGCUGGUUCACCUUGGCCACCUUGGUGCCUUUCUGCUGUUCACAGCUUCCCAGAGAGACCUCCAUAAUCAGUAACAGUAGGUGAUGCUACUUGCACAGACUGUAAAUAUAUUUCACUGAGAAUUUCAACAUCUUUGCUGUUUCUGUCAAAACUUAGGCCCUGCCCUGCUCUCAUCCAUGUGAGCAAUCUGUACACUCACACGUGGUAAGGCAAACAGGAGGCCUUGCAUGGAUAAUGGUUGCAGGGCCAGGCCCCAAGACUUAAAAGAUUGUGAAAUAUCCCCAUGAAUGAGUUUAUAACAAAAAUCAUUGUUUUAUACAUAUAUUUAUGUGUAUAUCUUUGUUUAAUGCAGCUGGGGUAACCUUUUCCUAGGCAAGUAUCAUUUACCUUACCUAUUUAUAUGAAAUGAUUGCAAUGAAGUUAAAACUUCUAAGAGCUUUUAAUGCCUUAGAGACAUUUAUAAUUAUAAGCUCCUUGACAGUUAAAACCUACUUAAGUGAACGUGUCCAUUGCUGCUGAAUGUAACUUUUAAUAAAAUGUGUCAUUUUA